AUGGUUUCUUCUUCGGAAAAGGUCCCCGGCGACGUUCUUGAAGGCAGCCAUAACGUCCCUCUUCAAGAUCCAGAGGCCAUCAAGGCAAACCAGCCCACAACACAAACAGUGGUCACUACCGCUAGUUCAUCAGAAGAACCUCCAUAUUCUGUCUUUACAAAAUGGCAAAAGCGAUGGAUCAACAUGAACUCCUCGUUUGCGGCGAUGUUUUCAACGCUCAGCAGUUACAUCUACUACCCUGCACUGACGUCCGUGUCUCAAGAUCUUGGCGUUUCUCUAUCCUUGAUCAAUCUUACAGUUACUUCAUACCUUAUCAUCGCAGGCAUAGCACCAGCCUUUCUAGGAGAUAUGGCAGAUCAGAGCGGCCGUCGCCCGAUUUAUAUGUUAAUGUUUGUCCUGAUGAUCAGCGCCAACAUCGGCAUUGCUUUGCAACACAGUUUUCCUGCUCUGCUGGUGCUGCGCAUGCUGCAAAGUGCUGGCUCUUCCCCAAUGAUAUCUGCGGGCUAUGGGGUUAUUGCAGAUAUCACGGCUGUGAAUGAGCGUGGCGGCUUUGUUGGGAUCUUACUUGUCAUGACUGAUAUUGCGCCGAGUCUGGGCCCUGUGAUAGGCGGAGCAAUCACAAAUGAGCUUGGCUGGCGCUGGGUCUUUUGGUUCCUCGUCAUACUCACAGGCACUCACUUCAUCAUCUUGGUCCUUUUUAUGCCCGAGACCCAGAGGAACAUCGUUGGGGAUGGAAGUGGCAAAGUUACCGGCGUCUACUGGAGCCUUUUCACUCUAUUCCAAAGCCGUGAGACCAGAAUGAACCGACCAGAGAUUAAACGACCAACGCGACGUUACCCCAACCCUUUAUCUUGUCUCCCGAUCCUUCGACAUAAGGAGUCGUUCCUAACGAUACUGAUAUACGCCAUUACCUACUCGGUCAAGAUGACCCUCCAAACAGCACUCGGUGCGCAGUGCGUCGAGAUAUACAAGCUGAACUAUCUUACGAGUGGCUUGGUAUAUCUACCUUCGGGGGUCUCGGGAGGGAUUGCAUCGUAUUUCACUGGGAGAUAUCUGGACUGGAAUUACAAAAGGACUGCUGAGAAGCUGUCCGGCUAUGGUCGCGAUUCACCGCUCUUCCCCAUAGAGAGGACGCGUCUCAAGGGCAUCUUUAUCCUGAUUACUAUUAGCUCUCUAGGAACCCUAGGCUAUGGCUUAGCAUUGAUGACCAGGGCGUUUCUAACUGGAGGAUCAACAGCAAGUACAUUCACAAUGACUUCAACUUUACUCACGGAUCUCAACCUGAAUAGAUCCGCAACAGCUCAUGCCGCCUCAAAUAUUGUCCGAUGCCUAAUGGCCGGAGGAGCAAUCGGUAUCAUGGAUCCGCUGAUCAAUUCAAUUGGUUUCGGCUGGUGUUUUGGUAUCUAUGCUGCUGUUGCUCUCUUAGAAAUUCCCGUGGUAGUCUAUUUGUACAAGAUGGGAGAUCGGCGGACUCGGCAACAUGGGUCGUCAUGA